GAACCAUACACCCUCAUAAAGCGUACGUUAACAGUCGCGACACCAGUGCAUGUGUGGCUUUGCCUACGCGAAUGUCUUAUCUUCCAACCACAGUUGAACCACAGUCAUCCUGACUGCACCGCAAUCAUGCGGCGGUCACGGUGCGCCGCCGGCGAUGCACGGUUAUCGUGGAUUUCGCCAUACACUUCCUGCAAACGGAAGCCUGAUAAUCAUUGCUACCGUGGGCGAAAAUCUGGUGUAUAUAGGUCUGCAGUUUGCAGUUCGGUACGUGAUCUCGUGCCAGCCAGUGCCAGGCCUGGGGCUUAACUUAUAUAUCCUCAGCGUGUUCGAUGCUUGUGCUCAGUGUUUCGCCUUCCGCCUUUGAUCGCUUGCAUGCUGCCUUGCCUGACAGCAACGGACCCUGCUAACCAGCUGAGCACACCCAGGUGAUACAUGCACCCGUUCACAGAAAACCUAGAGUGGGUUGUCUACGCCAUGGC